AGCCAAAAAGCAAAUCAAGAAAGAAAACAAACCCAAGACAAGGCGACUCCGAGUAACUUUCGUGCCUCGUGGUAGAAAAUCCAAGCUGGAGAAAGGCCUAGACCCCAAGCUCAUAAGCAUUUUUUUUGCAAGCCAGUCACAGUCCGUCCGACUGAGUGGCCCGAAAUUGCCACAUUUCACCGACCAUAAUGCGUUGACAUUGAUUCUGGGGCCAGCGUGCAUUGUCAUCGGUGGUUCAGGGCUAUCGGGAUUACCAGUUGGUGGGCCCAAAACCAGUUGAAGGGCAACGAGACCAGCUGAAAACCGAGAGAAACUCAUCGCGCAUGCGUGCACGUGCAUAAGUCACUCAAACCGAUUGAGUUUUUUUGUUUUUGUUUAUUAAACUGGGGCAAGAACGAGACUACCUGCUGUGCUGCUCAAACUGUCAAUGCGCGGAAGUGUUAAAUUGGUUAAAUAAAUUACAUUGCAUAAGCAGCAAAAUAAAAGAAACAUAAAUGCGCUAACUGGCCACAAUGAACGAAAAAUGUGUAAAAUAUCUCUGAGUAAUAAAUUGGCAAACGUUCGAACUGUGUAAAAAUAAUAACAACACGGCCGAGCCGAUAACACAAAAGCCACGCUUUGUUCGUGAAUCGUGGGUAAAAACCAAAAACCAAACAACCAAGCGAGCCAAUAAAUAAACACUAGCCAAGACAAACCACAACUAAAAAAAAAAACAAAUAUAUAAAUACAAAUCAAAGCAGGCAAAAGUCGCAAAAUGUCCAAGCAGUGGAAAAUAAAUUCACUUUCGUUGCUGCAUUGCCUGGCAGCGCUGCUUUGCGCACACAGCACACACGCAGCAAAUAUUGCAAGUACAGCGGCAACAUCGCCUGCCAGCAGCAACAUCAGACUCUUGAAUGCAACUUCAGAUGGUGUCGCCACCACUUUCAUCGACAACACCAGCAGCAACGCCAACAGUAACACACAUAACGUUCAAAACAAUGAAGCUGCCUCCUUCGAGCAGCAGCCUCCACAGCAACAGCAACAACAACCCAUGUUGCAAUAUGCACAUAUAUCGCCAUUAGAUAAAGAAGUAGUCGAGCGCCUGAUCAAACAGUGGGCACCGAUCGUCUGGCUGGCGCCGGAGGAGAAAUUCAUGCCGCUGGGCGUGGAGGAGUUUCUACAGAAUGUCCAUCCCAUGGAUAAGGAUAGCAGCUUCCGCCCUGGAGUGCCGUUCAGGGAGUACUCCACCAAAUCUCAUCUAGUCACAAACAAUGAGAUCCAGGAGCUCCUGGAGAACGACAAAUCUUUUUUGUACGGACGGAAUCCCAAUGAGAAGCCGGUGCCCAUCUAUGGAGUGGUCACCAUGUGUCCUUCCAGGAGGGAACCCAUAAUGCCAAUAGUGCCUACUCCAGCACCCGUCAGCACACGAGCUGCUUACAUUCCCGUCUCCAUUGAUCCCCUCGAGGAACGCAAUGAUACGGUCCGAAGAUCCUCUAGACUGUUUCCACUAUUCCAGCGUGUUAAACGCGAGGCGGCGGCUGACACCAAGUACACUCCACUCAAUCAGUACGAGGAACUGGUAUUGGAACCCACCCAGAAGCCCCAAAUGGAAUCCGACCCAGAAUCGGAGACGGAAAGUGGAGUGCCAGUGAACAAUUUCAUUGCUAACCUGGCAGAUAAUGUCAAGUUUAGCGGUGGCACCGAUCCAGAUGACAAUUUGGAAGAGAACAGUAUUGGCCAGGCUCCGGAACAGGAGGAGAAUCCCGGAAAGGGCAAACUACCGGGCUUCCAUGUAACCUAUUGGAUGUUCUAUCCCUACAGUCAGGGUAAGACCAUGUGCACCGUGAGUCUGGGGCCACUUGGCAGGAUUCCAUUCCCAGCCGUGUAUGGAUAUUGUCUGGGCAAUCGCAAGGAUAUCGGCAGUCAUGUGGGCGACUGGGAGCACAUGAGCCUGUAUUUCAAUGGGGACGCAGAACCCCAGGCCAUGUAUGUGUCUGCCCACGAUGCGGGCGCUUAUUACAGCUAUAACCGGCUGACGGGAUCCUUCGAGUUCCGCCGCCAGGAGACACGCAAAGGUAUCUUGCAGCGUCCAAACUUUCCCAAAACGGUGACGACAUUCAAGAACCAUCCGGUUCUGUUUGCCGCCAAGGGUUCACAUGGUCUGUGGACAGCACCAGGCAAGCACCGUUUCGUCAAGGUGGCUCGCUUGUAUGACAUCAAUGGAUUUGGAACGCCGUGGAAUACUUGGAAGGAUGUGGAUAUAAGCUACGAGAACCUGAGAUCUUAUGGUCGGUCACUGGUUCCUGAUUGGCUCACGUAUCGAGGCAAAUGGGGAAAUCCUAAAAGCAAUUGCCAUCCUUUUCGGCGGAUCGGUCUGAAUUUCUGUGAGUUUACAGACGGACCCACGGGAAUACCCCUCAAGGAACCCCACUUUGAAUGCGGUGCUGACUAUCGUUGACACCUAAGUUGGAAAGACGGCCCCUUGCCUAGGCUUAAACUUAUGUUUAGUGAAGUAUUUAUUGUGAAACCACCCAAAAAUGAUCCCUUAUUGAUUAAAAACGAA